AUGGAGAAAUCGAAAAACUUCCGCAUCGACGCGCUGUUGGCGGCGGACACCCCCAAAGUGCAAACGUCCCCUCUGGCCCUGGUCACGACCCCGGGAAGCGCCGCCAGCGCCGACGCAGGCUCGGAGCUCGGCAACCCCGGGGAGUCCCUCCGUGCGGAGACGCCGUCCCCUCCGCGGAUCUCCGCCCACGGCCUCAUCCCCAAGCCGGGCUUCUUGAGCGGCCCUCACGGGGUGGUGGGACUCCACCCACAGAACGGCGGCGGAGGGAUCCACGCGCAGGCGCUAUACGGCCACCCCAUGUACGCGUACUCGGCGGCCGCGCUCGGGGCUCAGCACCCGGCCCUCACUUACGCGUCGUACCCGCACGGAUCCCACCACCAGCACCAGCAUCACCACGGCGGCGGGGACCCCAUCAAGCUGACGGCCAGCACCUUCCAGCUGGACCACUGGCUGCGGGUAUCCACGGCCGGCAUGAUGCUUCCGAAAAUGGCAGACUUUAACUCCCAGGCACAGUCCAACCUGCUGGGCAAGUGCAGGCGGCCGAGGACAGCGUUCACCAGUCAGCAGUUGCUGGAGCUGGAGCACCAGUUCAAACUCAACAAGUACCUGUCUCGACCCAAACGCUUCGAAGUGGCCACCUCCCUCAUGCUCACAGAAACGCAGGUGAAAAUCUGGUUUCAGAACCGGCGCAUGAAGUGGAAGCGGAGCAAGAAGGCCAAGGAACAAGCGGCUCAGGAGGCUGAAAAGCAGAAGGGCGGCAAGGGCGACAAGACCGAACGAGACUGCGAGCAGUCGGACUACGAGGGUGGCAAGGUGACGACGGGCAAAAACGGCAGAAUACGAGACUUGAAAGACAGCGAUGACGAGGGCGAACGCUUUCUCUACAACUCCUCGGACUGUUCUUCAGACGACGAGCGCAAUCGAACCUGCCUCAGCCCGCGGCCUUGA